ACAGCGGCGGCGGCGGCGGCGGUCAGUCCAGCGCAGUGAAGGAGGCGCAAGAGGAAACUGCGCUCCGGUCCGGGGAUUAUAUCUCUCUCUCGUCACCGUGUGCUGUGGUUCUGUCCUGGGUUCCACCGGAGGCUCCGGGUGUCACUGAGCUGCUGCUCGCUCGCGGUGUGCGGAGCGCCUGUGCGCGCGCUUUACCGGCUCCCCGAAAGAAACCAUAUCUGGGCAAAGUAUUCAGCAGCGCUAUAUAUAGAUCACACCGGAGAGCGGGACUGGAGUGUGCGGUCCUGAGGGUUUGAGGAGGACUUUUUUUUAUAUUAUUGUGGUUCCUGCCUCCUCCUUUUCCUCCUCCACUUGUCCUUCACCAUGUCGUUCCGUAAGGAGAUGGAGAAAUACCGGGAUGUUGACGAGGACGAGCUCCUCCAGAAGCUCAGUGAGGAAGAGCUCAGGAGACUCGAAGAUGAACUCGAAGAGCUCGACCCUGACAAUGCUUUGUUACCUGCGGGUCUGAGACAGAGAGAUCAGACAAAAAAAGCUCCGACUGGAACGUUCCACAGAGACAACCUGCUGGCUCACCUGGAGAAACAGGCCAAGGAGCAUCCAGACCGAGAUGACCUGGUGCCGUAUACUGGAGAGAAGAGAGGGAAGCCAUGGGUUCCAAAGACGAAGGUUGUCGAUCCGAUUCUGGAAGACGUCACACUGGAGCCAGAGCUGGAGGAAGCUUUAGCCAAUGCUACAGAUGCAGAACUAUGUGACAUCGCAGCUAUUCUGGGCAUGCACACUCUGAUGAGUAAUCAGCAGUAUUAUGAAGCUUUGGCCAGCAGCACCAUAGUCAACAAACAGGGUUUAAACAGUGUUAUCCAGUGUGCACAAUAUAAGCAAAUACCUGAUGAGCAUCCCAAUGACACCGAUGUGGAAGAGACGCUAGUGAGGAUAAAACGCAAUGACACUGAACUCGUGGAGGUCAACCUGAACAACAUCAAGAAUAUCCCCAUCACCACUCUGAAAACGUACGCUGAGGCUCUGAAAGAAAACACAGUAGUGGAACGACUGAGCAUCGUGGGAACACGGAGCAACGAUCCUGUGGCCUAUGCGUUAGCCGACAUGCUGCGAGUAAACACCACACUGAAGUGUUUGAAUGUUGAGUCAAACUUCAUCACGGGAAAUGGAAUCCUCGCUCUGGUGGAGUCGCUGCAGCACAACACAACGCUGCAGGAGCUCAAAAUUGACAACCAGAGCCAGCCUCUGGGUAAUAAGGUGGAGAUGGAGAUUGCUAGCAUGUUGGAGAAAAACAGUACGCUACUAAAAUUUGGAUAUCACUUCACACAGCAGGGUCCUCGCUUGCGCUGCUCUAACGCUAUGAUGAACAACAAUGAUCUGGUGCGUAUAGUUCGCUCGGAUUCAGACGGAGCCAUCACCUUCACUCUGUCCGUCCCCGAGCUGGAGAGAGCCUUGUAAAAAUUCAAGUUCUCCUCAAAACCCAAUAAGAAAGAAAAGGCGUGAAAGUGGCCCAAUUUUCCCCAAAUGUCGGACAAAUGUGUAGCAGCAGCAGCCAUGAUGGCGCCCCCUGGUGGCCUGGAUGUCUGCAACCAACUGCAUUCAUUCUUUCUUCCUUUGACUGUAAUUCUACUGUAAUGUGCGUGCACACACACUCUCUCUCUUUGAUGCCUUUGAAGCCUUAUGACUAACUGUAGAAUGUACUGAAUGAAAUGUCAGGAAUGAAAUAUCAUAGACUUUGUGAGUGUAUUUAAAAUGGAGAUGGUGUUCACAGGAAGUGAUGAUCUGCAGUGUAUCAAUCACAGAGUUGUUGUCACAAAGCAAUAAUUCUUUAUAAAUCUGAGAUUGUUAAGAUGAGUUGUGUUUUAAUCGCCUAAUAAAAUAGUUGUGGUUUGGA